GGAGGGAGCACGGGGACAGACGAAGGGAAGGAGGAGAGAGAGAGAAGGAGUCUGGAUAAAGGCAGCGGAGGAGACGGCAGACGACGGCUGAUACACACACAACAAACCAGAAGACCACAGGGAAAAAAUGCCCAAUUUUUCCGGCACCUGGAAAAUGAAAAGCAGCGAGAACUUCGACGAGCUGCUCAAAGCCCUGGGCGUGAACUCCAUGCUGCGGAAGGUGGCAGGGGCGGCUGCGUCCAAGCCCCAGGUGGAGAUAAGGCAGAGCGACGAGCGCUUCUACAUCAAGACCUCCACCACCGUCCGCACCACGGAGAUCAACUUCCUCGUCGGCGAGGAGUUCAGCGAGGAGACGGUGGACGGCAGGAAGUGCAAGAGCUUGGCCACCUGGGAGACGGAAAACAAGAUUUACUGCCAACAGACCCUGCUGAGCGGGAGCGGUCCCAAGACCUUCUGGAGCCGAGAACUCCGGGGGGACGAACUGGUGCUGAUCUUCGGAGCGGACGAGGUGGUGUGCACGAGGAUCUACGUGCGCAACAAGUAAUCCGCCAGUGUCUCGACUGUGGGCGUGGAAUCUUCACAACGACAAAUUAAAUAUAUAUCUCAGAUAAUCGGUUCUGACAUUCAACGUCUCGCAUCUUUAUUAAAUCACGAUUUCAGUUGAAUAUAACUGCUCCCCCCCCCCCCCUUUUUGUAUAAAAGUUUGCUUGCAUUAGAAAUUAAAUGAACAAAGAAUGUUUGUGUUUGUUAUGUUGUUCAUUUCAUGUUUUAGAUUGUGGGAAAACCUAAAAGACCAAGAAGGUGUUGGACAACCACAAGUAGUGGGCUAUAUUCCAUGUGCAGAAAAAAUACAUUCAUUGAAAUGGUUUCUGCACAAAUCACUGACUAAAACUGAACUCAAAUUACAUUUCUAUUACCAUAUAGAACUAUUAUCGAUAGGAAUUUUUAACCUGUUUCACCAAGAAUGUAUUGACAUUAAUCACAUUUUUGUCAGUUUCCAAUUUAUCCCUUGUAGUGUGUGCGACAAAAAUUCCUCCAAAUAUCUCUCAUCACCUGGAUAAGUGGCAGAAAGUAUGCUGUUGUUUUCUUUGGAGACAACUAAAAUUAAUAUCUUAAAGGCCCCGGGCAACAGCCUCUACCCCCUCUGUGCGUGACGGCUGCAGAACGUCUUGGUUUUCAUUUUGGCAAAACCAGUUUGAGGAACAGGUUGAGUCUCGCUGCAGCGCUCGCGUCGUCUAGAGUUUCAGCAUCUCUCAGCAAAAAAACAAAACAGAAAAAACAGUGAAAAGAUCGGUUGACAGUCACGUUGACAUCCGAUUGGCAACAUCACACAAAACACCUAUUGAUAUAUAUUUAAUGUCUACGCUUUAUGAAACAGGCAUUCAAAAAGUAUAACCAGGGUGGGUACAAUUUGGGACAAUUUCCUGCCGCUUUCUUCAUACGUGAGCGAAAAAGUCCACGUUCCGUACAUUACCCACAGUUCAUGUCUGUAAACCAGCAUGUGAGUUGUAAACC